CGACAGACUGUGGUCUAUCUUGAGUCAGUUAUAAAAAUCAUUGACGUCUCUGAAACGUAUCUGAAAAUACGCUCAGUUACUGCCUGGCAAGGCCUACAUUAAUCCGGUUAUUUCUGUACAAAUUGGGAGAAGUAAACCCUCACAAUGCUGAGCACAGUUAGCCGGCAACUUAAAAGCCACCCAGCACUGGUCCCCCUUUUCAUCUUCAUCGGUGGUGGGACCGUUAUGUCUGGAGCGUAUCUCUUGCGCCUGGCAAUGGGACCCCAUGUCAGUUGGAAUCGCAAUGGCAACCCCGAGCCAUGGAACAAGACGGAACCCACACAGCAGCACAAGUUUUACUCAGUGAACAUGGACUACAGCAAGCUGAAGAAAGAGGGUCCUGACUUCUAAAGUCUUCUGCUGGACCAAAGGCUUGAGGAAAAAAAUGACUUCCCUUACACCUCUAACUUGAAACCAGUGGAUGCAAAGAGGCUAAACCGCACAAGUUCUGUCCCCUUUGACCUUUUAAGUCUCUUUUUCCCCCUCAUACCUCAUGGUUGUGCAGCAAUAAAGUGAAGGAGUCUUUUCUCCUGUGUACAGAGAA